GUGCUUGUGUUUUUAUUUACAUGUCCGCGAAGCACACGGUCAGAUCGCAGUGGAACUUUGUGCAGCGUGUGAAUCGAACUCGCAUGUGAAAUUAUAUUAAAAUGUGCAUAGAGAGUGUGGAAACAGUGAAAACCAGUGUUAUGAGUCAAUCGGUAGCGAAAGAAAGUCACCAACAAGACGGCGAUGGACUGCGGGUUCGGCGAAUCGCCGGUGGGUGCAUGAUUAACCAUGCUCCGUUGUUUGCCCCAGAUGGAGAUGUAAUUUACAUCAUUUGGAAUAAACUGGUUCGGGCGUUCAGUGUGACAACCGGUGAAGUGGUUAGGGACUUUGAAGGAACGGGAGAGGAAAUCGUUGGUAUUCUGUUCGACAGAAACAACCGAAAGUUCUUGUAUGGAUGCACGUGCGAUGGUCAAAUUCUUGGCUGGAACACGGAUUCCGGUGUUCUUCAUAGCAGGAAAGAUAUUCUGGUUGGCACCCGAUUGAACGUAGAUCAUUUCAGUGUAUUGUACGACGAGAAUGACUUGGCCCUGUUCCUGAUUAGUGGACACACUAACAAGCGGUUGGUUUUGACCUACUGCCCAACUAAACAGAAGGUACAAAACAGUACGCCCAUUACCACGGAGGAUUAUAAAACGCAAUUGAAGUUUGCUCCAGGAGGGGAUCGAUUGAAUUACUUUGCCUUUAUCACAGAUAGCCUGUGGCACUGGGCCACCAUCAAGCCGAUGAUAAAAACUGUAACUCGCAAGCAUUGUAAUGAUGUACCUCCAAGAGUACUGAAUUGUCACCCAACAGAAGAUAUUGUAGCUAUUGGAGAUGAAAUUGGCAGGGUGAUAUUGUACAAAAAUUUCUUAAAGACGAAAUCAGCCGUACCAGAAACUUAUCAUUGGCACCAUAAUCCAGUUUUGUCGGUUAGAUUUUCUCACACAGGAACGCAUUUUUAUUCCGGAGGGUCCGAGCGAGUAUUGGUUAAAUGGACUGUCGGCAAACAAGACAAUCGAGAAAUGUUGCCUCGGCUGACCGAUUCGGUAGUUCAGAUUGCGGUCGCACCGGAGAACGUUAGAGUGGCUCUGUGUACGGCUGAUAAUGGAAUUCAAAUUUUGAACGCAUUGCAAAAGCAAACGGCGGUUGUACAGAGUUUUUCUAGGAUUUCCGAUGAUUUCACCGGGCAGAGACCUUUUCCCAUAGGGAUAAAAGUUAAUCCAAGAACCCAAACGAUGAUCCUCAAUGGUAGGACCGGAUGUAUACAGUUUUUUUCUACCUAUAGUAGAAGUUUGCUCUAUACGCUUGACAUUACUUUGCGAAAUUACAACACACUAGAGCAGAAAAAUGUUAUUUUCAAUACUGUUGUCAGCAAAGUUGCAGUGAAUGCCCACUGGUUAGCCUCAGCGGAAACCUGGAACGAUAACUGCUAUUCAUCAGAAACAAGAUUGAAAUUCUGGAAGUACGACGAAUCUGCACAGAAUUAUGUGCUGAACACCAACAUUGAAAAUGUUCAUCAAGGCGGUGAAUUGGAGGGAUUAGAAUUUUCCAACUCAUCGAAAGAACGAGAAGUGUUUAGUGCCACCGCGGGUAAAGAUAAAUGCAUUAAAGUAUGGUCGGUGGACGAGAUAGAAAUAACCGGAGGUGGCGAAAAACUAGUUUGGGUUUGCAUAGGUCGAGUGGAUUACAAAGGUCUCCCAGUUCGAUCUGUAUCUUUCUCACAGGAUGGGUCACUUUUUGCUGGAGGAUUCGGAAACUCCCUCUGCGUUUGGAAUGCAGAAACACUGCGGCUAAAAUGUGUUCUCUCCGCCCCUGCUGGGCAAGACGGUGGCGUAAAUCGUGCCAUAAUAUCUGUCCCGUCGCAAAAUUCAACGGUAAGCAAGGAACACUAUGCGGAGCAGCGAUCGAAAGUAAUUAAACAAAUUUUGCAAGUGCUUGAUAGUAAAGAUGCAUCGGGUUUGUUCCAAAAAGUUGUACCCCAGAAAGCCAGACGGGUGCUUAACGAUUCCACUGAACAGGUUGAAAGUUUAUUACAUCUAGAAAAGAAAUAUGUUUUCCCAAGGAUCAAACUUCAAAACGAACUUUCACUGUUGCAGAAAGCGGAACUCUUCUAUCGGCUACGCAUUCAGUGCCGAACAACUGAGAGUAUGCACGAAAAAUUCACCGAAAAACUGGCCAAAGCGAAACGUGUUUCUGCACAAGCCGAGCAACGACUCCAGGCGGUUAUUGAUAAGCUUUGCUCGGACGUUAAAUUUCGCUCUAAAAGAAAACUGCACUGUUAUCAGCAGAGGAAAGUCCUUUCUCCAACACUAGCACAAUGUACCAGCGUGUUUACGAGUAGCAAGAAUAAAUCCAAAAAAUAUACCUUCCUCUACAACGGCAACAAACAGCCUCCGCUUAAGGCUGUAGCACAAAUUCAUCAUGUUCUCUUCUGUCACGGAGAGUACUCCCACCUGGUAGUGAUAUGCACCGAGAACCGGUUACUCGUGUGGAAUCUGUUGAACCUCCGAAUUCAAGUAACCGUUAAUCUAACCGUUGAAUCGAUAGUCAUCGAUUCGUUCACCAAUUUGAUUGCUGCCUUUACAAUGGAUAAAGAAUUGUACAUAUUUUUACCAAACAUCCCGAUGCCUCUGUAUCAUCGAAAAAACUUACCUCCAGUGUACGGUGCUGCAUGGAUCCCGCGAAGAUAUCCGAAAUCGCAGUCUCUUAAUGUUAAUUGGCAAGCAAUUUCGCAUCUUUACUUCCUCAACCAGGAUCAGGAACUGCUUCAUCUGGUAUCGGACAGCGAUGAGGAAUCGCAAGGUCCAGUGAUCUAUAUGACGGACAUGCUCGGCAAAGGGCUGCCGAAUACACCGUUCGCAGCAAUGCUAGCGAAACAGACCUCCUCCGAGGGCAAACAAAUGGCGUUACAGAAUAAUGUUACCAGUGCCAUUGGUGUACCCGGAAAAAGCAGCAUCAAAGAGAUUGCCGCCUCCUCCGCUCAUGCAAUGGCUCCUAUCAGUCUGCUGUGUAAAGAUUUUCUCAAAUCACUACUGAUACUGGAGGACCGGAGACGAAUUAGCAAAACAAAUGCUACCACUGGAACAUCGGUAACUGCCUAUACUGGCACGCAGGGCCAUGCUGGCGAUGACGAAGACGACGACGACGACGAUGGCCCUGAUAGCGACGUUGACAGUGAAUUGAGUCAAGCAGCAGCAGUGAAAGCCAAAAUCGCCAUCAGAAAAGCCACCCAAGAAUCCGUUGAACGAGCCAAACUGAAAAAACUGAGUCACACGGAACAGAUUGAUCGGGAUUCGAAGCUGAGAAAACUGCUCAAGGAGGAGAACAUUCAAAUAGAAUUUUAAUCGUAAGUUAAAAUGUCACUUUCGUUGCUCUAGAUUUAUUAUACAUUUACUUCAUUUACUUUAAA